AUGUCUCCAUGUCCAACUAUCACAGACGCGCCAAUUCCACCUACUACCGCGACAUCGCAAAGCGAAAGCGAUAAUGGCUGGAAUGAGAGCAAGGAAGCCCUCCAGGCAGACACCGAUCUGUCUCCUACCUCAACGGAGGAUUACAUGGAUGGAGUGUUGCUGCAUGUAAUCAUGCUUUGCCUAUCCGUGGCCAUGUUCCUCGUUUCGCUGGACACGACCAUAAUCUCAACGGCGAUUCCCCAAAUCACUGAUGAGUUCAGCUCCACAGCUGAUGUUGGGUGGUAUGGUUCUGCAUUUCUUCUCGGCAGUGCCGUAACUCAGGCACCGUGGGGGAAACUCUACGGAUUUUUCAAUCUCAAAUGGACCUACCUCAUCUGCCUGCUCACGUUCGAGCUGGGAUCUUUGCUCUGUGCUCUCUCCCACACAUCAGCUGCGUUUAUCGUCGGUAGAGCCAUUGCAGGGGUAGGGGCAUCUGGGAUCGGAUCGGGGAUCUAUACGAUCAUCGGCGUCUGCGCCCCACCACGGAGACGUCCGGUGCUGGUUGGCAUCACUGGAUUGGCGUUCUUACUCGCCAGCAUUGCCGGUCCCAUGGUUGGCGGAGUAUUUACUACUAAAGUCUCGUGGAGGUGGUGUUUCUGGGUGAAUCUACCAAUUGGAGGAGCUACCUUUGCUAUCGUCCUCUGCUUUUUCCGGACACCAUCUGUGACUGCGCACAUGAAAGCAUCGUGGAAAGAGAUCAUAUUCCAACUCGAUCUGGUCGGUAUUGCCACUCUAACAGGCGCAUUGCUUUGCCUCCUACUCGGUCUAGAAUGGGGGGUCAGCAAUUCCUGGCAUAACAGGGAUGUCAUCGGGUGUCUGGUCGGAUUUCCUCUCCUCAUGGGACUGUUCAUUGCGAACGAGUUCUUCUGGGAUAGCCGAGCAAUGAUCCCUCGUCGAUUACUUCUGAAACAGAGUGUGGCUGUCAAUAUCGCCUUCACUUUCCUGGUGGGGGGCGCAUUUUUCCUGCUUCUCUAUUACAUGCCUAUUUACUUCCAGGCAGUAAAGGGUGACUCGGCUGCCGACUCAGGGAUACGAACUCUACCCCUUGUGUUGUCAGCCGGCGUUACCGCAGUGAUAGGGGCAAUUGGCUUCGGGGUGACUGGCUACCCAGCUCCAUUUUUGUUGGUCGGUGGGAUACUCAUCAGUGUGGGAGGCGGGCUGCUGUACACGCUGGAUCUCGCAACGCAGCCGAGAUUCUGGAUUCCGUAUCAGAUCCUGGCUGGCAUCGGAAUCGGAGCUUCACUACAAGUCCCGAUUAUUAUGAACCAGGCUAUGGUGGAGGCAUCGGAUAUGUCGACGAUGACGUCCAUGACCUUGUUCUUUAAGUGCUUAGGGGCAUCGGUCUUUAUGCAAGCAGGACAGACCAUUUUUCUCGACAAGGUCAAGCGAGAAUUACUAACCAUGUCAUCGCUGGCCGAUGUGAGCGCAAACCAAAUCCUUGCGGGUGGACUAUUGACUAGCAAGAAUAUUGACAUGGAGUCGAGUAGGGGCUUUCUCACGGCUUAUUUUUUUGGAUUAAAGGAUGUCUUUGUGUUGGUAGUGGCACUCUCGGGUCUUGCCACUUUACUUGCACUCUUGGUGGGUCGAGACAAGAUGGAUAUGGCACGACUACUAAUGUAA